AUGAAAGACUGUCACCCAGGAGAUACACCCAUAACUAAGGGAGAAAGGUUCAGUCUUAGUCAAUGCCCCAAGACUGUGGUUGAAAACAAAGAAGUGCAGAAGAUUCCUUAUGCAUCAGUUGUAAGGAGUCUUAUGUAUGCUCAGGUAUGUAUGCGUCCGAAUUUGGCGUACAUAGUUGGAAUUUUAGGCAGAUAUUUGAGUAACCCAGGAUUGGAUCAUUGGAAGGCAGCCAAGAGGGUUAUGAGGUAUCUUCAGAGAACAAAAGACUACAUGCUCACCUACAGGAAAUCAGAUCAACUUGAGAUCAUUGGGUAUUCUGAUUAUGAUUUCGUUGAAUGCCAAGACAGCAAGAGAUCCAAUUCAAGCUAUAUCUAUCUACUAGCUGGAGGUGCUAUUUCAUGGAAGAGUGUUAAGCAGACUCUCACAGCUCCUUCGACCAUGGGAUCAAAAUUUAUAGCAUGCUACAAGGCAUCUAAUUAA